AUGGAUCACUACCAGGACGGGCCUCUCAGCCGCGUUCCAAUCGCACUGUCGUCGUGUUUGCAGGCGGUCGAGAUUGCAUGGACGCUGCAUCGUGUCUUUAGUGUGCAAUUUGCGAUGCGUUGCGAUUCGGCUGCGUCGUCUCCUGCGGCAGUUCCGCGGAAGCUCUCCGCUCUUCGCUGCUCCGCCCCUCAGACCGACACCGACUGCUACCAGACGGAUGACGACAACGAUGAUGACGCCACUCCAGUUGCCUUGGCCCCGCCUCUUCUGCCUUCGUUCACCGGUGAAUGUGAGUGUUCGUGUUUGUCAGGCACCAAACUACAUACACUUCCACCUCUCACAGCACUGCACAGAAUAAAGGAGGUGAAAAGCUGAGAAAAAGGAAAAAAAAAAUAAGAAAAGAGCUUCUCAUAACGUGGCAAUUAUCGGGGUGCCGCCGAACGCGAUUAGCCUAUGCGUGCAUGUUUUUGAGCUUUUGAGCUGCACUAACCGUGAUGUCGCCCCUCCGAGCUUGCUGAGUAGUUUGUCGGUGUCUGAAAAAAAGGUUGAAAAAGAAAAAAUCAAGAAACUCUGACAACUUAUGCUGCUUUAUUUGACGAGGAAAGUUCAAAAAGAGUCUUAGUUGAGAGUUGGUCGAGAGACGCUUCAUAACAUCCUAACUAUAGAUCAGUCAAAAACUUCCAUCUGUAACUUUACGCGGAAGUAAUAGUUAAUCAGGGCACGAAAUCUGAAAUAUACUUCUUAGUGGGCUCUUUUUGGCCACUUGAAAUUUCAUAACUGUCUUAAAAGACGUAAUGCUCAAUUUUUCCGCUUAUUUGAGUUCAUGUAGCCCUAAAGUAUCUCUCAGAAAAAUUCCAUAAACUUCUCAACCGGACCACUCUCAAACAUUUUUUGGUAAGGAACAGUCUCACCGUGAAAAAAGUGCAGUGAAAACUCCAAAAAUCAACGCUGGAGAAACUAACCUCAAGUUUUUGGAAAAGCAGAGAUAAAUUGUUUUCCGUUUUAAAAAGUUUUGAAAAAUUAAGUAUUACUUUGAUCUUUAUGUGAAGUUAUUUUUUUGUUAAAAAAAAAAAAAAUAAUUUUGAAAAAGAUUUUUGAAGAAAAAAAUUAGUUGAAAUGAGGGGAAGUUUUUCGAAAAUGAUUUUUCCUGUUUGAGAGUAGAGUACUUGAAAAAAACAGCAAUAGUGAUUAUUCAUUCCCCUUUUUCUACAAUCUUGUACAAAAAAAUUUUUUUAAGAUUCUUUCAUUUCUCCAAUGUUUGAAAUAAAAAAGCAUUGCAAUAGUAAUCUGUAAUUCUGUGAGUAAUCUGUAAUUUCACUUUUUUUGAGAUUUUUAAAGCGUAAGUUUUUUUAAAAAAAGGGUCUUUUUGUUUAAAAUUAGACGAGCAUUGAUCGCAAUAGGACGGGCUUUAAAAAACAUUUUUUCAGUGGAUAAUCCAUUUUUUUUCAGGCUGA